AUGCACUUUUCAAGGAUCUUCAAAUCAUCGCCGCAUUGCGCGUCGAGUCCCGAUGGUAACCUGAUUGCAACCUUGUCGCCGACUAGCAUCAGUAUACGAUCUGUCGAAACCCUGGAGACUAUUCAUAGCGUCAAGCUGCCGUCCAAUCUCGGCCCCGCCUACGCUCUGCGAUGGUCGCCUUCUUCAAGACGGAUUCUCGCCUGCUUCUCUGACCAGGUUCUCAUCUACUCAGCUUCGGGUCCAGGCUACCGUGGCGUCAUACGGAACCCCGCAACCCCUAACUUGAAGCCCACCUUUGUUCAGUUCGGCGCCUCGGACAGCGAAAUCUUCAUGUGCUCAUCCUAUGGCCUCAAAUUCUCCGUCUUUGACCUCGCGAGUUCGAGAACUGUCGAGAUCAGCAACCCAAAGUUUCAUCAAGCUAGCGUGGCUUCUCGAGGCUUUGCCCUCCGGCCCGGCUCUGCACAUUUGGCCAUCCUCACCCGCGUCGCUGGCAAAGAUGUUGUCAGCAUCCAUCAUCCCAAAACGCGACAAGUCCUUCGCUCUUGGCAGCCCGACACCAUCGACGCUCAAGGACUGGCCUGGACACCAGACGGCCGCUGGCUCCUCGUGUGGGAGUCUGCGGCUCAAGGACACAAGAUCCUGUUUUACACCUCCGACGGUCACCUCUUCAAGACGUGGUCUGGACCAUCUCCCUGGGCGGUCGAGGAGAAGCAUUACGAACUCGGCGCGGGGGUGAAGCAUUGUCAAGUCAGUCCGGACGGCGCUCGCAUUGCCGUGUGCGACCACACCCGUAGCGUAUGCGUUCUGGAAACCAAGGCCGCGGCCGAGUCAAUGAGACUGGAGCAUCCUGCAACCAUUGCCCCGAGAGAUACAGUUCAGAUCUGGCAAGAGGAAAUCGUCACUACCAUUUCAGGUUCUCAGCACUUCUUUUCGCGGGCGACCCAGUCGGUAUCUGCCCCGGCCCGAUCGAGCAACGGGAGUGUCGAUACCAAACCAGCUCGCACUUUAUCCGUCUUUGAUGCCUCGUCCAGUCUCUUGGCUACUACCUUGGAGGAGUGGCCAAGCACUGUUUGGGUUUGGGAUCUGGAGUCAUCUGAACUGCGCGCCGUCCUCAUCUUCCACAGCCAUGUUUCUGCUAUUUCCUGGCAUCCGAAACAGCGCGAGGUGCUCAUGGUUACGUGCGAAGGAGACAAGUACGCAGGCUUGGUAUUCGUCUGGGACCCCUUGUCCCACGGCCCCAGGACGGUUCACUUUGGAGACCAGCUACCCGAUUCCAAGGUAUUGGGAAAGCCUCAAGCAUCCUGGCUCGACUGGCCCGGUGACUCUGCUGUUCUGCUUCUGGGAGAUAAUAAGCACCAUCUCAUGGCAUCCCUUGCCGAGGCUGAGGACUCUGGAGCCCCAUGGCAAGACGCGCAGCGCAAUGACUUGACAAUGACCACUGGCAAGGAUGAGACGCAGCUGGAUGGGCCUGCAUUGGACGAAUUUGAUGAGGACCUGUCCGGUCUAGACAUGUCCGAAGUAGACGACACCUUCUCGUUCAAAAGGACUUGA